CGUCAACACAAGUGCAGCCAUUAUAGAGAUGGGUGAAAAAGCCAAAACGGAGUGAGCUUGGCAUCCUUCCAUUACGCACCGGAGGGCUCACAUGCCCCCCUGGAAGCAUUAAUACCCCUUGGCACCGUGGAAUGGACACACGAGGAGCAGCCGGACCCCUCUGACUAUCUACCACUUCGUUUAUCAACUUAUUUCCCUGAAUGGAGUCAAAUUCUCACUACUGCUGCUGCCGCGCCAACACCAGACACGUCGGAGCGUUCUUUUGGAUUCGGACCACCAGGAAGUUGCAGACUCCCUCUGGUUAAGCCUUCUUUUUUGUAUUCUUUUUUUAAUUUACCCCACUCAAAAGAGGGAGGAACACUUGCACCAUGGUCGCCGUGCCCUGAGGGGAGAUGGAUUUAGAGGCAAGGGGGCUGAACGGCUCCACUUGUUUGUCCCGGAAUGAGAGCGGCACGGGACUGAGCGCCUCGGCCGGACUGUCCACUGCGCUGGCCAGCGUGCUGAUAUUUACCAUCGUGGUCGACAUCCUCGGCAACGUACUCGUCAUCCUGUCCGUGUACAGGAAUAAAAAGCUUAGGAAUGCAGGCAACAUCUUUGUGGUGAGUCUGUCGGUUGCUGACCUGGUGGUGGCACUGUACCCCUACCCUUUGGUCCUGACAGCCAUCUAUCACGAAAACUGGAUCAUGGGGGACCUGCACUGCCAGGCGAGUGCCUUCAUCAUGGGAAUCAGCGUCAUCGGCUCCAUCUUCAACAUCACAGCUAUUGCCAUCAACCGCUACUGCUACAUCUGCCACAGCCUGCAAUAUGACCGCGUCUUCAGCCUGAGGAACACCUGCUGCUACCUGGGCCUCACCUGGGCUUUCACCGCAAUCGCCACGGUGCCCAACUUCUUUGUGGGUUCGUUGCAGUACGAUCCUCGCAUCUACUCCUGCACCUUUGCCCAGACGGUUAGCUCGUACUACACCAUUUCAGUGGUGGUCAUCCACUUCCUGAUCCCGCUGCUGGUGGUGUCCUACUGCUACUUGAGGAUAUGGGUGCGGGUGAUCCAAGUGAAGCACCGGGUGAAACCGGAGCAAGGGGCCAAACUAAAACCAAGCGACGUGAGGAACUUCCUGACUAUGUUUAUGGUUUUUGUGUUGUUUGCUGUGUGCUGGGCACCAUUGAACUUCAUAGGCUUGGCAGUGGCAAUAAACCCAGUAAAAGUUGCGCCCAACAUACCCCAGUGGCUCUUUGUCACCAGCUACUUCAUGGCGUACUUCAACAGCUGCCUCAAUGCCAUCAUAUACGGACUACUCAACCAAAACUUUCAAAAAGAAUACAAGACGAUUCUCCUUUCUCUGUGUGUCCCACGUUUGCUCUUGGUGGAAACCUCCAGAUGUGCCACAGAGGGCCUAAAGAGUAAACCCUCAGCUGCUGUAACAAACAAUAAUGUAGCAGAGAUAAAUGUAUAGCAGAGAUGUUGUACUGGGGAAAACCAGGAAUCUUGUGUUCACUCAGUGCCUUUAGACAGGGUGUGUAUCAUUUCCAAGUAGUCCCUCCAUCCAUUUUCUAAGGCACUUAUCGUGUUCAUGGUCACAACACCCAAGCAAAAGGCAAAUUCCAUCCUGGACUGCACGGCAGUUAUUAACAGGGUGUUUGCGAUCAGAGCAUUGAGUGGGAAUGUAAUACACCUCAGCUGUGCUGGCGGAUCACCCGAAGUCUGGAAUACAAUAAGUCUGUUUUUGUUUUUUUAAAUCUCAUCUCCGCAUGUCCACAUCACAUGUGCUAUUGACUCACUGCAUUUUUCAGUCAGAUCCAUUAUGAGCAUGUCAACAAAUAAUAAUAGUAAAAAAGAAAACAAGUGUGUUUUCUAUUGCACUGUUCCUUGAUCUUUAGAGCAACUUUAAUGAUAAAUAAGAGUCACUUUUGUUCAGUGAAAGCCUUUAUCCAGCCAAUGUGGGAUUCCAACUGAAGCCUUUUCAUUCAACACUGAGCUCAUAUCCCAAGGAGUAUACACUUGGUUGGAAUGUAGUGUCCAAGAACAUUAAAAGUGGGAUCUGGAAUUUCUGAAUAGAGUACUGAUGUAGCCGGCAUGGUGAACGACUGGUUAGCACAUCUGCCUCACAGUUCUGGGGACCGGGGUUCAAAUCCCGGCCCCGCCUGUGUGGAGUUUGCAUGUUCUCCCUGUGCCUGGGUGGGUUUUCUCCGGGCACUCCGGUUUCCUCCCACAUCACAAAAAACAUGCGUGGUACGUUGAUUGAAGGGUCUAUGUUCCCCGUAGGUGUGAAUGAGUGCGCAAAUGGUUGUUCGUUUAUUUGUGCCCUGUGAUUGGCUGGCAACCGGUUCAGGGUGUACCCCGCCUCCCGUCCGAAGAUAGUUGGGAUAGGCUCCAGCAGCCCGCGACCCUGAUGAGGAUAAGUGGUGAAGAAAAUGGAUGGAUGGAGUACUGAUGUAUUACUUAAUCUUCUAUGCAUAUAAACGUGGAAUGGAAGCCUCUUUUUCACUGAGAAUGCAGACUUCAUUACUUAUACUUCAUUACUUAUACUGUUAGACUGUUGUGGCUCCAAUCCAUUAUAAAAAUGCAUGUCUUGUUAUAAGUAUAAUCCCUGAAAUGUUCUAAUUCGAUUGUAACACUGAGUUUAUUUAACUGUUGAAAAUUAAAUUCCUCAGGGUUUUGCUCAAGAAAGGAAAGAGCAGAUGUUUAGACAAAGCAUACAUUCAUGGUAAUUAAAAGUCAAACACAGUGGCAUGAUACGCAUCAGGGAGCCAGUAGUGUGAUCGCAUGAUAAUGCAUAAUUUCCCAACAAUCUUAUCUACGUUUCGGCUCACAGAAAGUCCCAAAGAUGUCUUACAUAUGUGACUGAAAUCAAACUGGGGAUAUUUGUAGAUGCAGGGAUCGGAUAAUGCCGACGUGACUCAAACUGUGGAGGCGCUGUCACAUCGCAGAGCAGCAAAAUGGCCCAAACUUGCGCAUACAAACAUACGAGUCAGCGUCUCUGAUGUGUAAAGAAACAUCCAACACACCAGUGCAAGGUCAGCCACAGAUGAGUAGCUAAAGGUGCUCCAGGGAGGAUGACGGCCUUCGCUGUACCACACCAAAGAGUCACGAACUAUUCUUCCCAUAGGAACAAAUGGGGAAAAAAACUGUUCAUUGGUCAAACUCUAGCCAGUGUAAAGCGUUUAUUAACUGAACAGGUAAUGUUUUAAAUGAGAUCACAGAUGGUGCAGUCAAUCCAUAUGUGCCUGUGUUUGACUGUCUACUAUAAAUCACUGUGAUUUUAAUAUAUGAACACACUAAAAUACUCUACAAACAAUCAGCCAAAUGAGAAAAAGGGUGCAAUUAAAGUUGUGGCUUUAACAUUAACUGUCAUACGUGUAAAAAAAAAAAAAAAAAAUUAUUAAAAAAAAUUCACAAUUCAAUAUAAAAAUUUAAAACAACAAAUGUUUUGAUAAUAACUGACGAAAUGUAUAGCACCUGGCCAGUUAGUCAUGGGGGAAAAAAAACAAAAAAACAAAGAAACAGCUGAACAUGCAAUGAGUUCAUGCCUUGAUGCUAGAUGCAAUUGGGGUUUUGUUCUGAAUUGUACAACCUUUGGAAUGUUGGAAUUUUGGUCUUAUGGUAUUGUAAAUUGUUUGGCUCAGUGCUGUGCAGUAAGUCAUUAUUUUAGUAUUUACUGUUCAAAGUUGUGAAUAGUAUACCAAAAUAAUUGAACUGUACACUACCACUUUUUGGUUUCUGCUUGCCAGGAACACAAUGGGAAAAACACAAUUUCUCAAAUAAAGCUUGUUUUGUUCUUGUAAUAAAGAAUAACACAAAAGUUGGAUGUCCUU